AUGUCUAUACAACAAGAUUACUCUCCACAAACUGAAACAUCACCAAGGAAGAAAUGCUUUGGCUCAAUACCUGUUCUUGAUCGCCUCACAUGUGAUAUACUCGUUGAAGAAGCCGAGAAAGAUAUUUCUUCUGGAUACACAACAAAGCAAGAUUGCAAGUUCAUUUCUUCAAUAGUAAGAAAUUCAAUAAACUCCCCAGAAAAACUUCAAAACCUUGAGAAUUACAAUACUUACUACAGUAAAUCUCCCGAUAGAGGCUGCACUCCUUCUUUUGCAAAAGAUAUCCAAAUACCGCAGUCAACAAGUGAGCCAGUCAUCCACGAUAAGUCAUCUUUCUUUGAAAGAGAGAAAACCUUAUUAAUGUCAAAAUCAUUUACCGAGGAAGCACUCCUUCAAUCACCAAAGAUAGAACAUCAAAAAUUAGAUAAAGGAGUGAUUAAGAGGGCAGAACGAGCCUUAAAACGAAGAGAAAAAAGUCAAUCUCUUAUUCUUUCUCAGAGUUUACAUGAAGAAACAGAUAUUUAUGCUAAGCCUAAACCAUAUAGAAUCGAAAAGACCAUACUUCAGGAGUCUCAAAGCAAAUUAGAAACAAUUCAACAUAACGAAGAAUUAUUAGAGAAAAAAGAGCUCGAAAAUUGCUAUUACAAACCAAUAAAUCCUAACAUGAAGCUUGUUGAAAGAGCAAGGAAACGCAGAUCCGAAAAAGAAAAAUAA